CUCAGUCUCUCGUCAGCAUCUGCCAGAACGGUUUCCUUUCCUCUGCUUCUCUGAGAAACUCACGUACGCAGAUACGCACCUCUUUUCAGUUUGGGGAGAGCGUUUGAAUCUGUUCGCUCUGCCUUGACAAUGCUGCCCUGGAAAAGGAGUAAGUUUGUGCUUGUGGACAAUGAGACCAAAAGCAAGCCUAAAAGUCUCGGAGUGGGGUUAACUUAUCAUUCUCUGCUGUCUACUUUGCUCCACUCCUGUCCUGACCUUGUCCCCGACUGUCCGUUUCACUGGCUGGGAAGCGUCUUCCACAGCAAGCGUCAGAAAGUGGAGCUCAAUAAAGAGGAACCCACCUACAACGUGCGAUACCUGGGUAGCACGGUCACCAUCAUGGCUAAAGGGGAAGAGUGCACGCAGGAGGCGGUUGCUAAGAUAUGGACUCGCAGCAACUACGGCGAACAGAGCGCCAAGAUGAAGCUCACCGUUGGACCCUACGGCAUCCGCAUGGGGGCGGAUAAAAGCGGCAAAAAGAAACCCGUCCACCUGUAUUCCCUCAACCGCAUUACGUAUUGCACUGCAGAUCCCUUUCGUCCUAAAAUCUUUGCGUGGAUUUACAGACAUCAGGUGAAGAAUAAAGCAGUGGUGCUACGUUGCCAUGCCGUCCUGCUGGCGAAGGCCGAAAAGGCCAGAGCCUUGGCGUUCAGUCUGUACCAAACAUCUACGUCCGCGUUCACUGAAUUCAAAAGGCUAAAACGUCAAAGUGACUUUCGCCAUUGCCAGCAGCAGUUAUUGGGCGAGGAUAUCGUACCUCUUAUGCCGCUACGGAGACUCUUAAACGGGCAGUGCCACUAUCAGCCACCAGCAGAAAAGCCUGGAAGUGCCUCACGGCUUUCUUCCAUUUCUGAGGAAGAAGAAGAGGAGGAAGAAGGACAGGGCGAUUUGGAAACAUCAGCAAAUUACAACCCUCCAGAGAACGAUCUGAGUAAACCGGAUGAGGUUUCCAUUACAAGCUGGGAUGAAGCACAUAUGACUAUCAGCACUCUGGUGUGACUUUACAUGGAUACAGUUAAGUGUCCUCACCACUGAGCCUAUGUCCAGACUCUUCUCACCUGCCUUCCCACUCCAUCCGGAACGUUCUGUGAAAUCCCUGGAUCUCCCCUUGCAUCCGUAUCGGGAUAAGGACCAAGGGAAGUGACUUGGCACCACUAAUGUUGCCUAAGGAGGAACUAUUUCCAAGACAGAGGAGAUGUAUACAUGUAGAGAGGAUUGGACUGUUUGAGCCAACAAGCACAAUAAAGGAAGACCAGGUACACCAAUUAUUCAGCAUUGGUUGGGAGAUUACACCGAAAAGCCUUUAUGUACCCGGACUUUAAGCAAAGCUUAAACUGCACACCCAAAGAUGAUGAUGAAUCAUACAUCUUGUACUUUUGUGAGUACAUUUUGACUGAUGGACUGGGAUCUUUGUAUACAAUUUUUGAUGUUUGUAAUUUCCCCUGGGGACCUGUCUUAAUAUGCUCGCUUCAGGGAGACAGGGGGUUGAAGUUAAAGCCGUUUUAUUGGCUUUGGGAGCAAUGCUAAUGAAUUAAACCAUAACUUAGGAAUCGAGCCACUGACUGGACAUGUUUACUGCUUCAAUUUGUCCUAGCUUUGCUAAUCAGUAUUGCAUAAGAAAUGGCAGCAUCACAUUUUAAAAUAUUUUUAAAACUGUAUUUGUUGUACACUGUGAUUUGUUUGGGACCAAUAACAGCAAAGAUCUUGUAUUUCUACAAAUUGAGCAAUUGUAGUUUAUGCUGAAAGUGUUGAAUUAAUGUGCUUGUCAUAAAACAGAUUUUUAUGCUGUUCACGUGAAGGUCGUAGCUUCCAUCUGUCAACUCUGGCAUGGGGUUUUGUAUUUGCACAUCAUAUUAAUCUUUUGGAUAAACCGAUUAAAUCAACGGUGAACUGUUUUUACUACUCUCAUCUUUUUCUGCACAAUUGGA